AGCAUCCCCAUUCACUCUUAGUGUGACCGCCUAGUGCUUCGGACAAGUUUCGACUUUGUAAGCGCUCGUUGCCCGUGACUGGCUUUCAAAACUACUUUUCAGUUGUGUUGUCGAAUUUCAAGUUUUUCUUGAUGUGUUUGUGCAAAGUGAAGUUUGUGGGUUUGUUUGCGUAAUUGAAUCCAGCUUUUUUUAAUUGAUACUAUCACGGUUGUAAAAAUCGCAGCAUUAUCAAUAUAAUCAUCGGUUUCUAUUUGACAGAAAAAGUAUGGUAAAACGUGAGAAAGUGAUAAAUUGAUUGAAGUAUUAUUCUAACGAUCAUUCCCCGUGUGCAUUUUUUGUUUCUCUUUUGGAUUAUUUAGAGAUAAUUGGGCCAGUGUGAAGUUGGGAAUAGCUAAUUGUGUGAAGAGUAAUUACUCUUCUGGAAGCAGAAAACCAAACCCAAAGCAAAUCGAUUGUGUCUCUUUCGAAAACAAAACAAAGCGUCUGAUUGUAUCAUCACCAAGAGUGUGUGUGUGUUGAUCACUAACAACAUUUUAUGUUACGAUUUAUUUUUUCGGAUCAACGCCGUUUCUAAAACAAAACCAAAAAGAUCGUGCCAAGAGCAAAGGGAAUAAAAUUUCCUGCUCGAGUGCUUGUCGUGCGUCCGUCGUUGUUCGUUGUGACAAGUGAAAUACUGUUCGAUGCGCUGUCUAUGCGCAUUCGCGCCACAGCAUACAAAAAGAUUCUAUCACAGUUUGAAAUGAAUAAAUAGCGAAAAUUCAUUGUUAGUGUUCUCCCUGAAGUGCCAUAUAUUUCACGGCCAACUCGUGUUCCCACUUCGGACACAGGGGCCAAGGUGAUAAGGGUGGUGAUACGUGGUGGUCCACACCACAGCCAGCCAGCCAGCCAGUCAGGACUUCCAGUGUUGAUGGUGUAUGAGUGGUAAAGAGAAGAGUUCGGUAUAGAGUAAAAAGAAUGCGAAAAAUAUUUUCGUUUAAAGUUUGUGUGAGUGACGUGAGCCAAGUGUGGUGGAAAUAAAUUGCCCUUUGGGUGUGUUGUUAGGGCAGAGAAUAAAGGAUAUGUUGUCGCAGCUGUAUUCAAAUAGUAUAGUGCUAUUGAAUUUUGUUUGAAGCUGAGAUUGGAAGUAGGAAUUGAAAUCUUUUCGAGCAAAGCCCACUCAAGUAUCCGAUCGUCGAGUGUAAACCGCCAGAUCUUACACCAAGUGUUAAAGUACUGUAUACAACAACAACAGUGCUGCUGCUUGUAUGAAGUCACCAAUUGGUCACCUUGGAACGAAGGCAAAACAUGCAAGCAUUCGGUUCGGUGGCAGGUAUCUAUCAACUUAACAACAGCUUGGAAUGUACACCCUCAGCAAAUUAUUUCAACAAAACGAAUAAAAAACGAGGACACUCAAAACCUAACUUCGGGUUGCCCGGGUCGAAGGAUUCAUAACGAAUUGGCAUUUCGCAACACUCCUGAGCUUCCAAAGAUGACACACCUCCAGCGGCACCGGUUGGAGUCAGUGAGUGACCAUAGUGGCCCAUCCAGCUCGUCCAGCAAAUCAGAUAGCUCGGACGGUUCCGUCUCGGAGAUCUGCGAGGUAAUGCAGGACUGGUCCCUGGACGGUAGUGACCCCCAGUCACAUCCGAUGCAGCUGCACCACCCCAACAACCAUCAGCACCACCUUCUCCAUAAUCCGCAUCACCAUCAUCAUCACAACCAUCAUCGCCAUCAGCCACACCACCGUACUUCGAUUCUUUCGACUCACGACCAUCUCCAACAGUCACAGGAGCAGCAGCAGCAGCAUCAACAACAGCAACAUAUGGGCGGCAUGAUUUCGCCCAACUCGAGCUACACGCAGGAGGACGUGGACGAGCAGGAUGACGAUCUCGAGUACACCAAGCACGACCUCAUCAGUCUGGACAACGGCGUCAUCACCGACUACGAACGGGCCCAGGUCGAGAGCUUCUUCAGCGGACUCGGCACUGAGGUGUACGUUAGUUCAUCGUUGGCCAAUCUGUACGAGCGUGUCGGUAAGGAGGACUGGCGCUUGGUGUUUACUGGCAUUCCUGUGCUGCUACACGACAAGGGCAGCACACGGUCACGCUGCACACCGAGGGUGUCGUUCGUUUUAGCCGAGCGUGGUACGUGCUUUGCCCUCUGGAAGGAUACCAUCGACAACCUGUCCGACUAUAAGGUGGCAGCGGCAGCCUUCCACACGAUGUGUCUAUCAGCAGAUCAUCGAAAAGUGAUCGGUUUCAGCUUCGACUCAAAUCAGGCAGCCCGUGAAAUGUGGGUGCGGGUGGAGGAGUUGACCAGCAAUCCGGAAAACAUUGCCCUGUCGGCGCCGGGCAGAAAACGCAAAACCCAGAAGCGCGCCAAACCGAUAGUGCUGCCACCGAAAUCACAAAUCUCGCAACCUUGCCAGUUCAAUCAUGUUACCAGCGUUACGACCAGUGACACGCAGCGUUACUUCAGUCUCCAGGCAUUCGUUUCCGCUCCGGUCAAGCAUCGCAGUCCAUAAAGCAGCUGAAUGGUGAGACAGAACACAGUUUGGGAGCAAGCUGAACGAUCCUUUGAGCCGUUACUCGUAAUGAAUGACGUAACAUACGUAAUGAAAUUCGAAAACUGAUCUAAGACACGAACAGUAAAUGUGAACCCGAUCAGCAUCAACAGGAAGUAGGAGUUUAUUUUCAAACUCACACAUAUUCAAGCCAUUUUAUUUUCCGUUCCUCAACACUUAUCUUCAUGCGUUUCACUUGUAGGAACGGAGUGCAAUCAAGGAUAUAGCUUUUAUCCCAUAUGCACAAUCGUGUCUAAUGAGCAUAAGUAGCGCGAUUGCAUGACAUUCAAUUACAUCUCAAUAGUUCACAUCUUUUCGAAGAAAAUAAAUAAAAUAUCGUGUGGAGAGAUAGGGUAUAAAACAUUUCCUAAUCAAAACUUAAGCAACUCUCUUCCCUCAAAAACCAUUUAGGUUAUUUAUUCAAUUAUCGAUGGUUUUAUCUAUACUAGACAUUAGAUUCACACCUCUUUAUGUAACACAUGAAUGAAUACACAAACACACGUAUACAUAGUUCAACAGCUGCAAAGCUAUUGGAAUAAUAUAGCGCCAGUGCUAAAAUAGAAAAACACAACUAGACUGGAGUGCCACAUUUCGUAGAUGCUUAAGAACAGGUUAGAUUUAAGGAAUUGCAUCAAGAAUACGAAUGGUUGCUGUAUAGAAAAUAGGUACAGCAACUAUCAUCGUAUACGUCGGUGUCGGAUUGAAAGAUUGGUCAGUUGAAUAAAAAUGUAUGUCUGUGAUAAACGAAACUAAAACACACGA